UAUAUCACCCUUAGCCACUGUUGGGGACAAUUGCAGUUGAUCACUCUUACGAAUAGCAACAUCGUCACAUUCCAGGAAGGGCUUGAAAUAAGGAAACUACCGAAGACCUUCCGUGAUGCAAUCUACGUUGCCCAGAGAUUGACAGUACAGUAUAUCUGGAUCGACUCUCUUUGCAUUGUCCAGGAUUCAGAAGAUGAUCGGAAGAGAGAAUCUGCUCUUAUGAUGAGCGUGUUUGCGGAGGCUUUCUGCAACAUUGCUGCCACUGCAGCA